AUGGUGCACCUGCACCAGCAUCACCAUGAAAACAUGCAGGAGAGAAGAAGCAGUUCAGAAGAGCAAGAAAAACGACCCAAGUUCUUCAUAAACGACAACAUUGACAUUCUCAGGGAAAUCCUUAAACGACUCGACGGUCCCUCGCUGGGUGUCGCCGCCUCUGUGUGCCGUCUCUGGUGCAGCCUCACCCGCAACGACGACUCCCUCUGGGAGCACCUCUGCUUUCGCCACGUGUCCACUCCGCCGCCGCCGUCCGUUCGGUCCGUGGUGGUUGCCCUCGGUGGGUAUAAGCGGCUCUACAUGGUGUGCGUGAGACCCGUGCUGAGUCGACUCGGAGACUCGGAGCGGGUCAGGAAGCAAGUUUGGACUCGGCACGAGGUGCAGCUCUCCCUCUCCUUGUUUUGCAUUGACAGCUACGAGAGGCUUGGGAGUGGAAGGCUUACAAGUGACGCGUCCGCAUCGUCGCUCAUGUUCCUCUGCAACCCCGUCAACGUUUGA